CUUUCCCUCCACAAACGCCCAUCAGCCAUCCCCUCCUGCUCCAAAUCUUCCUCUGAAUUGUGGGUCUGCGGCAAUGGCGGCGCUUGCUCCAUCGAAGAUCCUCGGCACCCAGCUCAACUUCGCCGGCUCCUCCCGGUACGGCACCGCUGCACCGACCCCUGGGGCGCAGAAGAUCGUCUCCCUCUUCAGCAAGAAGCCUGCCCCAAAGCCCAAGCCUGCCGCGGCAACGUCCUCAUCCCCGGACAUCAGCGAUGAGCUCGCCAAGUGGUACGGCCCUGACAGGAGGAUCUUCCUGCCGGAUGGUCUCUUGGACCGCUCGGAGGUGCCGGAGUACCUCACCGGAGAGGUCCCUGGAGACUAUGGCUACGAUCCUUUUGGCCUGGGCAAGAAGCCAGAGGACUUCGCCAAGUACCAAGCCUACGAGCUGAUCCAUGCCAGGUGGGCCAUGCUCGGCGCCGCCGGUGCCGUCAUCCCGGAGGCGUGCAACAAGUUCGGCGCCAACUGUGGCCCUGAGGCCGUCUGGUUCAAGACCGGCGCCCUGCUCCUGGACGGCAACACCCUCAACUACUUCGGCAACAGCAUCCCCAUCAACCUGGUGGUGGCCGUGAUCGCCGAGGUCGUCCUGGUCGGCGGCGCCGAGUACUACCGGAUCAUCAACGGCCUGGACCUGGAGGACAAGCUCCACCCCGGCGGCCCGUUCGACCCCUUGGGCCUGGCCAGCGACCCCGACCAGGCUGCCAUCCUCAAGGUGAAGGAGAUCAAGAACGGCCGGCUGGCCAUGUUCUCCAUGUUUGCCUUCUUCAUCCAGGCGUACGUCACCGGCGAAGGCCCCGUCGAGAACCUCGCCAAGCACCUCAGCGACCCCUUCGGCAACAACCUGCUCACCGUCAUCUCCGGCGCCGCCGAGAGGACGCCCAGCCUGUGAGCGCUGCUGCUGCUGCGUUUGGUUUUACCGGGAAACAAAGUGUGCGUGAGGGUCUGAAGAAUGUGCCAUGCGUGUAAAUUAUCAAGAUGGGGAAGAAACCAUUUUGUUCUGAUCUCUGAUAUGACUGAUGCUUGAACUUGCUUGUGCCGGAGAUAUGCUAUUUAAGUAAUUGAUCGCUCGUUUAAGGUUCCAAA